AUGAACAGACAAAGAAACCACUAAACAAUAUUCCAAAUACCGGAUAGUGGCGGGUGGAUCCAUGCUCGAAGAUUUGGAAUCCGGUGAAAUCAGAGUUUCGCCGUGACGCAAACGCUGCAGCCAUGACAAAUUCUGCCACCCGAGACGCUGGCCAGAGCGCAGGGCGAGCAUGGGAAAUAAAUAUAUCGCUGCAGCCUCAAGGGUCCUCAAGUCCUGAGCACCUUGUGAGCUAUCAACCAGGAUCUUUUCCGCUGCCAAUACUUACUACCAAUCAUGCCUCUCUCCGGUCACUGUCUCUGCAAAGCCGUCACCUACACGGUUGACGUCGAUCAGCCGUUGAUCACGGCCUACGACCACUGUGACGACUGCCAGCGCCAGAGUGGUUCAACCUAUUCCUUGGUCACCGUCGUGCCCAAGGAAAAGCUCACCAUCAACGGUCCCACCAAGAAGUACUCCAGUAAGGGAUCUUCGGGCUUUGACGUCCACCGCAUCUUCUGCUCCGAAUGUGGCUCCCCCAUUGCCCAUGACCCCGAUGCUGCCCCCGAGAUCAUUGCCCUGAAGGCGGGCACGCUGGACACGGAGCUCAAGAAGAACCUCAAGCCGGACACCGAGAUCUGGACGGUGAGCAAGUUGCCCUUCUGCCAGGAGCACUUGGCCAAGCCGUUCGCAAACAUGCCGCAGUGAAGAGGGAAUUGUGAAAAUGGGAGCAUUGGUGAUGAUUUUGACGAUGAAUAAAUACCAUGGAAUUAGCGAGAUGUUGAAUAUGAAUAACAAAUUGUCUCUUCUUUGAUCAUCUCUUUGGAUAGACUUGCACCCUUUGCCCAUCUGGCUCUUGGGCCGAGAUAAGAAUGGAUUAGACCUGGUGCGAAGAAUGGUCAUCUCCAGACAAUUGAUAUUUCAGCGGCAUACAUCUCGGCUGUCACCAUCGUCUCUCGUUUGACUGGCUGUUUUGUGGUUCUAGAGAACUCUUUCCCUAGCCACAAUCUGGGAUGAUUUACACUAUCACCCGCAUGUUAUUUGAAACGGCAAUCACAACCCGGUGAAAAGCCGAUAAAACGCCAGCUUCGGAUGGAAUUUCUAAUAGGCUUCGAAGUGGUGUACAUUU